AUGAAGUGCUCUCCUGGACGAAGAAUUAUCUGUACGUUAUUGAUUUUUGAAACACUUCUCUUUUUCUAUUUGUCACAUUUAACGUCACGUGAUUUGCCACCCGGUCUUCCACUUCCCUUUCUGGGAAACUUAAAUCUGAUUGGUACGACCGUUCAUAUUGAUUUGGCAAAGCUUGCUAAGAAAUAUGGCGAUCUAAUGACAAUCUACUUCGGAAGCGAGCGUGCGCUUGUCGUGAGCAGCUCGGAAAUGGCUCGGGAGGUACUCGUGAGGCAAUCAUUUGUUUUUGGUGGACGACCGUUGAACCUACCUUACGCGGCCAUUUUGUUUAGUCACGAUGGUAAGAAUAUCGCUUUUUCGAAAGAAAUUUCUCAGCGUUGGAAGAAACAACGUAAAAUAUUUCAUGCUGCUUACAGGACGUUUGGUAAUAGUCUUGAAAAUAAGGCUUGUGACGUCAUAAAGGAUCUUUUGGCUGACCUGGGAGAAAAAACGGUCACUCCAAGAAACAUUCCGCAAGAUAUAUUUCAUUGUGUUGCUAACAUCAUUUGUGCCAUAACAUUUGGGUUCAAAUACGACAAAGAUGACCCAGAAUUCCAUGCUCUCAUGAACAACUUUGAUGUUGUGCAGCAGUAUGUUGCCCCUGGCAACCUCAUUGAUGCCAUCCCGUUGCUAAGGAGAUUGCCUUUGAAGAGCGUGAUUAAACUUAAGUCGGCCACUAAUCUUUUGGACACGAUUGUUUUGCGAAUAUACGGGGAGCACGAAACCGCAAAUCCAGUGGAAGACUAUGAUUUGACGCAUGCGUUUCAGAAGCAAUCAGAUGACAUCAUGGAUAGUAAGAGUAAUGACGUCAUUUUAACGAAGGAAGAAAUAACUUGUAUGAUAAAAGAUAUUUUUCUAGCGGGAAUUGAAACCUCGACGUCAGUGAUCACGUGGGGGCUGUAUCUCUUGGCUUUUCAUUCAGAUAUACAAGAUCAGAUUUACGAAGAGAUGAUGCAAGCUCUAGGCCCCGAUUCUCCCCCGACAUUUUCCGACCGUCAUCGACUACCUUUGCUCUGGGCAAGCAUCACAGAAACGUUAAGAUAUGGGUCUAUUGUACCUUUACUUCUACCCCAUAGGGCAACAUCCGAUGCAAAAAUUAACGGUUUUCACAUUCCUAAAGACACGACUGUUAUCGUAAAUGCCUUUGCUAUUCAUAAUGACGCAAGAACUUGGCAUGACCCGCAUGUCUUUAGGCCAGCCCGAUUUUUGAAUAGCUGUGGAAAUUAUUCGACACCACCGCCUUUCUCGACGCUUCCAUUCUCGGCAGGCAGUCGUGUUUGUGUCGGAGAGACUCUCGCGAAGAUGGUUGUGUUCGAUGUCAUUGCCCGGAUGUUAUAUUGUUACCGUAUGACAUUGGUAAACAUGAAGUAUCAGAGAGUGGAAGCUGACAUGACGAAUACAGCUUCAAUUCUUAAGCCGAAACAUUUGCAAAUAGCUCUUGAAAAACGUUGUGUCUAA